AUGUUCAAAAAUACGCGUCCUACUCUGGGGGGAGUAGGUAUGCGAUUGAUGCAGAAAAUGGGCUGGCGGCCUGGAGAAGGCCUUGGUCCAGAUCGUGCGGGUCAGUUGGAGCCGUUGCUGUUGGAUGUGAAAAACGAUAGAAAAGGUCUGGUCACGCAAGAUGAUCUUGGAAUCAAAAACGUUCCACAGGUCAAAAGUGAAGGACCGAUUUCGAAACAUCCAGUUUCAAUGCUCAUGGAGUUGUGUGCAAAACGUAAGUGGCCAGCGCCAACUUUCAUUAGCGAUGAAAGAGGUCCAACGAAUAAUCGGGAAUUCCGCUGUACGGUUAUUGUAAAUGGUAAAGAGUAUCAAUCGAAUGCUGUCUCUCGCAGUAAGAAGGACGCGAAAUCUGUAGCAUGUCAGGUAGUUCUACAAUCUCUAGGCCUUGUACCUCUUGAUCCAACGUUACCGGUCAUUAUUUAA